GUUAUUGCCCCUGUCCGCGAAACGGCUGCCCAGCUACUUGGUAUUUUGAGUACCCACUUGGAUAUCGACCAGAUUCACUUAGUCAUCGAACAACUUCUCUUUCUUGUCUCUGGUUCGUCUGAUCACACAAGCAAUACAGGCCCUGUCUGCUCUGACCCCAAUUUCAGCACUUCCCAUGUGCAUGCAAGUUCUACUGAGUCGGCGCUUUUAUCUCCUCCAAUACACGCGGAUAAAUCGCCUUUCUUAUUGCCUACUUCCAAACGCCUGACUAAGACCAGUUGGAUGUCCAAACACGCAGGGCUUUUGGGAUUCAAGUACCUGCUUGCAGCUCGCCUCGUAUGUCAUGAUCUGAUUGAACCUCAACACACUUAUUUUAUGUGA